UACCAUUUGCUGCGUACCUUGCAUUUCGCACUCAACGCAAUCUUAGAUAGAGAAGCGUAGUUCGUAGCCGGUUACAAAACACUAUUCCCACGUGCGUUCACCGCGCGUGUGCAAUACAACAACAUAGGCACAAAGUCAAAUUUUGACUCCUCUUUCCCAUCCCAAUUCCCAUGGAAGAUAAUCAAAGCUUCUUCUCCAUGCAUAAACUUCUGCCGCCCAAGAUCUGAAAAUUUCUUCUAUUUUUGUUCGCAAAUAGGGUCUUCUUCUUAAGGUUAUCACUUUUGGUCUUUCAGAGCUUUUUUCAACUUUGACUCAGUUCAGUACUGAAUCUGUUACAAACUGUUUUGUGAGUGAUUUCUCGUUUCUUUCUGAGCUAUCCCUUCCCUCUGGCCCGUUGAUGGGUGAGGAAGAGGGAAUGGUAAGCGAUGUGAAAAGCUCUGCUUCCGAAAAAACAAAUCCAAAGCUAACACUUUUACCUUUAAUCGCUUUGAUAUUCUACGAAGUUUCAGGAGGUCCAUUUGGAGUAGAAGAUUCCGUCAGGGCUGGUGGUGGUCCUCUUCUGUCUUUGCUUGGUUUCUUGGUUUUUCCCUUCAUUUGGAGCAUCCCUGAAGCUCUGGUCACAGCUGAGCUAGCCACCUGCUUCCCUGAAAAUGGUGGGUAUGUGCUUUGGAUAUCAUCUGCAUUUGGACCUUUCUGGGGUUUUCAAGAAGGGUUUUGGAAAUGGUUCAGUGGGGUUAUGGACAAUGCUUUAUACCCAGUUUUGUUCCUUGAUUAUCUAAAGCAUUCCUUACCCAUUUUCAAUAGAUUGCUUGUGAGAAUUCCAACUCUGUUAGGAAUUACUUUCUCUUUGACUUACUUGAAUUAUCGAGGCCUACAUAUUGUUGGGUUUUCUGCUGUUUCCCUUGCAAUUUUCUCACUCUGCCCGUUUGUCGUAAUGGUUAUUCUUUCAAUUCCCAGAAUAAGGCCUAUGCGGUGGCUUGUGGUGGAUUUCAAGAAGGUGGAUUGGAGAGGAUAUUUCAAUAGUAUGUUUUGGAAUCUGAACUAUUGGGAUAAAGCGAGUACGCUUGCAGGAGAGGUUGAAAAUCCCAGUAAGACAUUCCCAAAGGCCCUUUUUGGUGCUGUGGUUGUGGUUGUUUCUUCGUAUUUGAUUCCAAUUCUUGCUGGAACAGGUGCUUUAAGAUCUGGUUCUGGUGAGUGGACUGAUGGGUAUUUUGCCGAAGUUGGGAUGUUGAUUGGUGGGUUUUGGCUCAAAUGGUGGAUUCAAGCUGCUGCUGCAAUGUCUAAUAUGGGAUUGUUUGAAGCAGAAAUGAGCAGUGAUGCUUUUCAACUUCUUGGGAUGAGUGAGAUGGGAAUGCUUCCUUCUAUAUUUGCUUCAAGGUCUAAGCAUGGGACACCCACCAUCAGCAUUUUGUGUUCUGCAACUGGAGUGAUCUUCUUGUCAUGGAUGAGUUUUCAAGAAAUCUUGGAAUUUCUUAAUUUCUUAUACGCUAUUGGAAUGCUGCUUGAGUUUGCAGCUUUUGUAGUACUGAGAAUUAAGAAGCCUGACCUUGAUAGACCUUACAAAGUUCCAUUCCAAACAUUUGGGGCAACAAUGCUUUGCCUUCCUCCUGCAUUGUUGCUUGUUCUUGUUAUGUCUUUGGCUACCAUGAGGACAUUCUUUGUAAGUGGUGCUGUUAUCAUAUUGGGGUUUCUCUUAUACCCUUUGUUAGUUCAUGCAAAGGAGAGGAAAUGGGCACUAUUUGAUGCAUCAAAACCUGCUAUGCCUCCCAAUAUCAGCUUGGAAGACCAUUCAGUCGCUUUGCAACCGCGGGUCACGGAUGAGGCGUCGGUUAGCCUUCUCUCGGAGUUGUCAUCUCUUAAGACAGAACAAGAACCAUCACAAAUCAUGGAAGGAGUAUUGAAAGUAGAUUAGAAGGAUCUCGCAUACCGCCUUCACGUCAUAACAAUAGAUAAAAUUCCACUUUCACACAGGUUCACAGUCAUGUAGGAAACUUGGCUUGUAGACUGUAAUUUUUAUACAUCAUAAAAAAUUCAUAUAUAUUUGAAGCUUUUCUCUCUAAUUAUUAGUUGUUUUCAA